CAGUCAACACGCGUUGCUUUUGCUCUUGCCAGACGGUAGACCAGAAUUCAGGUAAAAAACUGUCAGCAGCAAAAUGGCACGUUGUAUGUGGUUAUUAACUUUUGCUAGCAUCAUUGCACUAGGACGAGGCGAUACGAUUUGUUUUGCCGACCUGGCUGACCGAUGCUUCACAAACGAUCCUCCAUAUGACAAUGUUAAUAACUUACCAGAUGAGCCUUCAGAGAUCGACACCACGUUCUGGCUUUAUACUAAGGACAACCCAACAACAGGACAGAAUCUAGUUCGAACAAAAGACGAGACACUUCUCAAUUCAGACUUCAAUGUUAAUAUUAGAACCAAAUUUAUAAUUCACGGCUGGUUGAAUGAUGGUAUUACGCAAGGUUGGAUGUAUGACAUGAAAGACGCACUGUUACAAAACGAUGAUGUUAACGUUAUUAUCACUGACUGGGGCGAGGGUGCUAGAAAGCUUUACGACCAAUCUGUUGCAAACACCAGAGUAGUGGGUGCCGAAGCCGAGCUCUUAGCCAGAUGGAUCAAUUCAAUAUAUCCAGAAUACACUUACCCGGAUAUGCAUUGUAUUGGUCACAGCCUGGGUGGUCACACAUGUGGAUACAUGGGUGAGGGUUUGGAAGAUGAGAUUCCAGCCAAGUUAGGAAAUAUUUCUGGACUCGAUCCGGCGGGACCCAGGUUUGAAAAUGAGCACGAGCUCGUUCGCGUUGACCCAAAAGAUGCCCAGUUUGUUGAGGUUAUGCACACUGAUGGCGAUCCCUUAUACAGCUUGGGUUUAGGUAUAUGGAGAACGUGUGGCCAUGUUGACUUCUACCCAAAUGGUGGCGAAGACCAGCCGGGAUGUCCCCUUGUCGGGGAUGAAAUAUGUGACCAUAUGAGGGCCGUUGACUAUUACUACCACUCAAUAUCCCCAACUUGUGUAUUCAAGGCUUACCCGUGCGAUAUAAGUAUAGAAGAUUGUAAAUUGGAUGCGCCAGACGAAUUCUGCAAUGAGAUGGGUUAUCGGGCACAACCAAAGCCAGAAGGCAUUUUUUUCGUUAUAACUGCUGAUGAUGAACCGAAAAUGACUGAUAUCUGUUCAAUGACACGUAUUAUUUGGUUGAUAUCUUUCGCCAGCGUCAAUGCACUAGGGCAAGGCGAUACGAUUUGUUUUGCAGACCUAGAUAACCGAUGCUUCACAAACGAUCCCCCUUUUGACAAUGUCAAUAAUCUACCAGAUGAGCCCUCCUACAUCGACACCACGUUCUGGCUCUAUACUAAAGAGAACAGGGAAACAGGGCAGGCACUUGAGAGAACAAAGCCAGGGACACUUCACAAUUCAAACUUCAACGUUAAUAUACCAACAAAAUUUAUAAUUCAUGGAUGGUUGAAUGCAGGCAUUACACAGUUUUGGAUGUAUCGCAUGAAGGACGCUUUGCUAGAUUUCGACGAUGUGAAUGUUAUUAUCACUGAUUGGGGAGAAGGUGCUACGAGGUUGUACGACCAGUCAGUUGCAAACACCAGAGUAGUAGGUGUAGAAGCCGAGCUUUUGGCCAGGGCGAUCAAUGCAGAAUUUGGUUAUGGUUAUCCGGAUAUGCAUUGCAUUGGACACAGCCUUGGUGGGCAUACAUGUGGAUACAUGGGCGAAGGUUUGGAAAAUGAGAUACCAACUAAGUUAGGAAGGAUUUCUGGACUUGACCCUGCAGGACCUAGAUUUGAGAACCAACAUACGCUUGUUCGCCUUGAUCCUAAAGAUGCCCAGUUUGUUGAUGUUAUACACACCGAUGGCGACCCUUUAUUAAGCUUGGGUCUAGGUAUAUGGAUGGAGUGUGGAGAUGUCGACUUCUACCCCAAUGGUGGCGAAGAUCAACCAGAUUGUUCUUUCAUUGGAAGUGAAAUAUGUGAUCAUAUAAUGGCAGCCACAUACUACUUGAAUUCAAUAACUCCGACUUGUGUAUUCAAGGCUUAUCCAUGCAUGGUUGAACUGGAAUUAUGUAAUCCAAGCGCUGUACUUGAAGACUGCAAUGAGAUGGGUUAUCGGGCAAAAGCCGAGCCUGAAGGCGUCUUUUAUCUUACAACUGCUGAUGAUGAACCUUAUUGCUUUGAUUAA